CCACGGCAGCUCGCCUAACCUAGCAGUCGACCACUGAAAGAUGAACAGACCGCAGAUCAUGGCGAAUCGUGCAUGGCAUAAAAGAACCCGUCGCCAACGUCCACCGACCCCGACCAUUUCCCCACAUACACUCCCACAUUCCUUUGACAUUCCACCACCAUGCGAUUCUUUUCUACGCUUCUCCCGCUGUUGACGACGCUGGCUGCCGUCGUGGCUGCAGCCCCAGACGGAACCUUGUCCUUUACCGAUGGCAGCAAAAUGACCUUCAAGUACAAAACCUCGACCGCAAACGACAAGAACUGGAUCGGCAUCUACCACACCACGGGCGGGCCCGACGACGAGAAGCAGGUCGACCCUUCCCUCCGAUGGGCCUACGCCCCCAAGGCUGAUGGCUCCAUCGAGCUCGACGUCCCCGUCCGCGCCUCGGGCCAGUACAAAGCCUACUUCCUCGCCGACGACGGCUACAAACACCUUGCCAAACCCAUCACCUUCACCCCGAAAUCCGGCAACCAAGACAAACCAAAUGAAGUCCAAAUCAUGUCCUACAACCUCUGGUACGGCGGCUCCAAGGUCAACGACUACCACAACAAGCAAGUCAAGUUCAUCGCCGACUCGGGCGCCGACAUCAUCGGCCUCCAGGAAGCCAGCCAGGGCGCCGCCAAACGCCUCGGCGAAGCCCUGGGCUGGAACUACCACCACCCCGACCCCGAAGACACCUCCGCCAUCCUCUCCCGCCACCCCAUCGUCAAGCGCCACCCCAAACCCAUGACGCGCGCAACCGGCGUCACCAUCCAUGUCAACGGCACCUCGGACCAGGCCAUCAACUUCUUCUCCACGCACACGACCGCGUACCCAUACGGGCCCUACGAAUUCUGCUUCGAAGGCAAAGACAACGCCGCAGUCCUCGAGACCGAAAAAACCCGCGCCGACGAAAUCUCCAGCGUCCUCUCCGCCACAUCCCCCCUCCGCUCCGCCGCAGACAAAUCCCCCUUCGUCCUCGUCGGCGACUUCAACGCCCCCUCCCACCUCGACUACACCCCCGCCACGUCCUCCUCCCACUGCGGCGCCGUCUUCACCUGGCCCACCUCCAAACUCUGCACCGACGCCGGCCUCGUCGAUUCCUUCCGCGAAGCGCAUCCGGAUCCUGCCGCUACCCCGGGGAACACGUGGAGUCCUGUUGAAAAGCACAACGAAGACGAGGGGAAAGACGAGCCGCAGGAUCGCAUUGAUUUUGUGUAUCAUAAGGGUGGGUUGAAGGUGCUGAGGUCUGAGACGCUGGUGAAGGGGACCCCGAGGCCCGCGCCGGAUUAUGAGGAUAAUGAGUGGACUAGUGAUCAUGCGGCGUUGAUGACUUGGUAUGUUUUUAAUUAAACACACUCCGGCGAAUCAUGUAAAUAUAUGGAUGAGGAGAAAUAAGGCUUCAAGUGGGAUUUGCAAAGACGGAGAGGAUGGAGUGCGAGUACGUUGUUGCAUUCUGUUUUUUUUUUUUGCAUUUGCAUUUGCAUUUGCGCUGCUGCAUAUUUCCCUACAUAUUCAUUCUUCCUUCAUAUAUAUAUAUACAUACCCUUGCAUCACCUCUCCAUCUCCACCUUCACUCUAUCUUUUCUCCUAAUCCUCACCCUUUCCUUUCCCUCAACUACACACUUAUGCAUCUUCUCAUCUCUUACAUCAACCCUUCAUUCCAACAUCUUUCCUGUCAAGUCGCAUAACCCUCAUUCCCUAAUCUUACUUACCUACCUUUCUCUUCUAUACAUUUCUCUACUUGCAG